GGUGCCCAGCGGGAGAGAUACCCCGCUGUGGGGCGGAGGAGCGAGCCGCCGCUGCCGAGGGGGAGCUGCCAUGUUGGGGGGCACAGAGCUUGAUUGAGGGAGAAGAUGGCGCCCGGCCGCGCUCCCCCCCCGCGCCGGGAGCAGACCCGGCCCGCCGGCGACCCCUGGGCCGCUGGUUACCUUGCUGUCCUUUUCCUCCGCCCUGCCACCGAAUGCCUAAAUCAAAGGAACUUGUAUCUUCAAGCUCAUCUGCCAGUGAUUCAGAUAGUGAAGUUGACAAAAAGGCAAAGCGGAAAAAGCAAGUAACUCCAGAAAAAACUGUAAAGAAACAAAAGACUGGUGAAAGUUCAAAAGGUGCAGCUUCUUCUAAGCAAAGUGGUAACAGAGAUGAGAAUAUGUUUCAGAUUGGCAAAAUGAGGUAUGUCAGUGUUCGGGACUUUAAAGGGAAAGUCUUAAUUGAUAUUAGAGAAUAUUGGAUGGAUCAAGAAGGUGAAAUGAAGCCUGGCAGAAAAGGUAUUUCUUUAAAUCCAGAACAGUGGAACCAGCUGAAGGAACAGAUUUCUGAUAUUGAUGAUGCAGUAAGAAAACUCUAAAGACAGAGCCAUACAAAAACUUAUAUCAUUUAGUGGUAUUAAGCAGUCUUUUUACAUUGGCUUUAGUUUUCUAAAAUAUUGUUUUCCAAGCUAUUGUAUAUUUGGAUUGCAAAACAAUUUGUAAGAUGAAUACUUUUUUUAUGUGCAUUAAAAGUGUAUUCUGAGUGAGGCUAUUUGUGUAUACUUUACUAAAAGGAAUUGUGUUGCUUUCACCCCAUGGUGUAAAAUAAACAAAUCAAGUAAUAUGUAAAGCAUACUUGUUUAUGGCCUUUUGAUUGAAGGUGUUUGCUGAUAAGGCCACCUAAUAGCUUUAGUCGUUGUAUUUCAGUUUAGUUUACAGUUAAUACGAAUUUGUUUUCUGAGGGGAUUUCUUAAAAUGUCUCAAGUUCACUUCUAUUGCAUUUUCUUUGGUAUUGCCCUGCAGCUUUCUGCUUUAAGACUUCAUACAAACAGUGAAUACUUGGAAAAACACAUUUUUGUAGAUAAUUUUCAAUACUGUAUUUGCUAAUUUACCCGAUUUAUUUAGAUGUAAGCAGUCUUGAAUAUAUAGCGUUUUUUGCAUUACUUGCAUGAAGGAUUAUGCUAAACAGUAACACUUGAACACAAAACACAUGCUCUCUCUUCCCAUUUUUCUACUGCUUGCUUGACCUAGAAAAUACAAGUAGCCUUUUUCGUGGACUUUAGAUGUGAAGCAUAACUUCUACAGUAAUAGACAUAUACCUCAGAGUAAGACAGUAUUUCAAGGCUCCAGAUGUGGUUAUUAGUUAGUACACUUUCCAAAGUUUGCAUUAAAUUCAUUCUGGAACACAUACUAACCAGUUAUUCUAUAAAAAAGGAGCGGUUUACCUGUCUGCAGGAUUUUUGUUCGUUUGGAAGUAUUGCUUAAACAAUGAUGCUUAAAUUAGACUGUAACACAAGUUAAACAAUCAAACAGGGUUAAAACUGCUGCAGCCAAAAUGUCUGUCUGUCAUAUUUCUGCCCCAUCCACUCUGCCUGCCCAGACCAUUGAACUUGGGUUGCUUCCUGUGGCUUACAUGUGCACAGCUGGCUUAUCUUUGUACAGAAGGCGCUUAGCGCGCACAGGGAGCUUACCCGGUACAUGGCGGACCAUGACCCAGCAAGCUUGGCUGGUCAGCCCUGGUACCUCUUGGACAGAAAAGCCUCUGCCCUGUGGAAGCUCUGUUACACAAGGUGCUGCCCUAGAGGAAGGGCUUCUUGGUGACACUGAGUCACAAACAAUGGAAGGAAGAAAGGAGAAUGUGAUGGAGAACUUGGAGAUGUAAGGGGCACACCAGGGUGAAAGUUAAUGGUGCCAGAACAAAGUUGGCUGGCACGUAAUAACUACACUGAAGAAACUGAAGCAGAGCUGGAGGAGUUCAUUUUCUGACAUAAUUAAGCAAAGCAAGAAGAUAAAACAACUUUAUGAGAAAGGACCAGUGAAUGUCCAACUUAAUUAGUUUGGGUGUAAUUUUCCCAUUUGAUGAUAACAUAGUCUCUAAACUUUGUAUAGAUAAACAGGAUUUACUGUUUGUUUAGUUAUGGAGCAUUUUAAUACAGUUUAUAUUGCAGUCAGCAUUGUAAGUGCCAUAUGCAGUCUUGUUUAUGUGCUGCAGAGUUCAUAAUUCAAUGCUAAUAGGUAUUAAAGGCUGAGGAAGAGAGACUUCAUCAAAUUGUGCAUAUUACUUAAGUAUGUCACAUAUCUUCUUUUUAACUUAACCAUUGUUGACAUAUUACAAAUUAAGAUCUGUUUUUGUACAGCUCAAGAAAUUUUAAAUUUGUAGGAACUGCUUGAGGAUGAAUAAAAGGGUGAAGAGAUGUUUGUGGUAGCAGAUGUGGUUUUGGGCACAACAUUCCUUUUUGAAUGACUCUUUAACAACAUAUAGGGCUAUUUGGACCAAAUAGAAUGAAUACGAAAUAGCUGCUAAAAUUUUACAGAUAAGUGAGUGAAAUAAAUUGCUUCAGAUCACUAUAGACAGGUUCUAGAUGUUUUUUAUUGCAAUAUAUAUAAUGUGAUUUUGUUCUUUCAAGUCUGAAAUUUUGCAACCAUAUUUAAUGCAUUUUACCUCAAAACUUCCAAGUGGCUACUUAAAAGUGCAUGAUUAUAUUGGAGGGAAUAUUGUCCUCACUUAGAUUACUGUGCUAAUAGGUCAGUUGUGUUCAGGAAGGUGGAAAAUUUGGGGAGAGUAAGUGAAAAAGUUUAAUACAGUGAUUAGUUUUCAUGUGGAAAUUGCUGGUAGAGGUAUUCAAAGAAAUUAGUAUUUGUUAACCAUGAACUAUGAGUUAUUAGUAGGUAUCAAAAGAGACAAGUCAGUUUCACAAAUGAACUCAAAAUGGGAUGAGUUGAUCAGGUGACUGAUAUACUUGUGAGAUGGUAAAAUGCAAGUAACCUCAACAGAAAUGUGACACAUUCAGUAUUAUUUUGAAAUAAACAGCUGGUAGUGAUUUGUCAUGUGAUCAUCUGUAGGGUUUUUUUGAGAAGAAAAUUCAAAUCUUUUUAGAAUAAAGAUUAUUUUCUUGCAGACAGUGUUAGCUAGGAUGUGUGUAGAAGUGUCCAUGGAUGAAAAUUGUGCAUGUAUGACGAGGCUGUUUAAUGUGAGAUAAAAGCGCUGCUCCCUCUCCCAUUUAGGUGAUGAAAGAUACAUUUGAUUCUUGGUGUUUAUGCAGGGCAUAUUAGCAAUAUGUUUUAUAAAUUAAGCCUACUGUGGAGCUUAGGGGAAAAAACACAUCACAGAGCUGCCAAAGUACCGUAUGUGUGUUAAUCAAACUGUCAUGUACCAUGUUGCUCGUAUGUGGAGAUGUUCAUCUUUAAAAUAAACAGAUGCAGUACUAAUUUUGAUAUUUCUUUUAAAGAAAAUAGCCCUGGUUAUGUACGUAUAUGAUCUGUUAGCAAAAAAAAAAAUUGACGAUUGUAAUUCUGGUAACUCAAAUGUCUUAUUGUUAGCCAUGUGGAAUGUUUCAUGUUUAGCUCUGGUGGCAUCCAAUGCAGAGAGGCCACUGGAAAUAUGAGCCCUUCAACUGUAAUUACCUUAAUGUUCAAAUAAAAAAUAGUUAAACGGCAUAUGUGUAAUAACAAUUUGAACACUUGGAAAUAAAAAAAGUCUUCUGUUGA